CGUCUUCCCGGGGCCCUUUCUUCUGCGACGCUCUCCCACCACCUCCCUUCCUCUCCUCCGAUCUCAGUUCCUCGAUUCUCCCUCCUCCCUCUCCUCCUCCUCCUCCUCCUCCCACUCCAAGAAACACUCGUCCAUCGGCAUCCUAGCCUCCCGCUCCCGCCACACAACUAUCAAGAACUCUCGACAUCCCCUCCCUCCCUCCCAUCCAUCAAAAUGGUCAAAGCUGUUGUUGCUGGUGCCUCUGGCGGCAUUGGCCAGCCUCUUUCGCUGCUUUUGAAGAACAGCCCUCUCAUUGACGAGCUGGCUCUCUACGAUGUCGUCAACACCCCCGGCGUCGCUUCCGACCUGUCACACAUCUCCUCGCCCGCGAAAGUCACGGGCUAUCUUCCCAAGGAUGACGGUGCCAAGUCCGCCUUCAAGGAUGCCGACAUCAUCGUCAUCCCUGCUGGCAUCCCCCGCAAGCCCGGCAUGACCCGUGAUGACCUGUUCAACAUCAACGCCGGCAUUGUCAAGGGCUUGAUCGAGACCGCCGCCGAGGUCGCCCCUAAGGCGUUUAUUCUGGUCAUCUCCAACCCGGUCAACUCGACGGUCCCUAUCUCCGCCGAGGUUCUUAAGGCCAAGAAGGUCUUCAACGCCCAGCGCCUGUUCGGUGUCACCACGCUUGACAUCGUCCGCGCCGAGACGUUUGUCAGCGAGAUCACCGGCCAGUCCGAGCCCCAGAAGCAGACCAUCCCCGUCAUUGGUGGUCACUCUGGUGAGACCAUUGUCCCUCUCUUCAGCAAGGCCUCCCCUGCCGUCAAGAUCCCCGACGACAAGUACGACGCUCUUGUCAACCGCGUCCAGUUCGGCGGUGACGAGGUUGUCAAGGCCAAGGACGGCGCUGGUUCGGCUACUCUCUCUAUGGCCUAUGCCGGCUUCCGAUUUGCCGAGAAGGUCCUUCGUGCCGUCAAGGGCGAAAAGGGUCUGGUCGAGCCUAGCUACGUCUACCUCCCGGGUGUUCCCGGCGGCGAGGCCAUCGCCAAGGAGACCGGCUGCGACUUCUUCUCCGUCCCCAUUGAGCUCGGACCCAACGGUGCCGAGAAGGCCAACAACCCCUUGGAGGGCAUCACCGACAAGGAGAAGGCGCUUCUGCAGAAGGCUGUCGAGGGCCUCAAGGGCAACAUCAAGAAGGGCAUCGACUUCGCCCACAACCCGCCCCAAAAGUGAACACUUUCCCCGGUUCCCCCAAGGAGCAGUUGAGUGGGUGCAGCAAGCCUGUCUUGAAUGCAAUAGCUAUCACGCUAGGCUUAAUAUAUGAAUGACGCUCAUGUUGCUGAUCAUGGAAUCUCUCGACAGGCUGUGAAGCCGUGCCCUCGAAUCUCCACCCUAAGGAUCAUAACCGCGGCCUGAUCAAUGACAGCCUCGUUUUUGUUCGACUUCGGCGGUCCGGAUGGCCAAGUACGGGUAGUUGUGCAGGAAUCACGGGACCAAUCCCGCGCGCCCGUGGGCAGGGACCACUAGACUAUAUAGGCGGCAGUGGCGCCAUGGAUGACAUUUAGUUGUACAUGCCGGGGUUUCAUGACUUGUUGGGUAGGGUCUUGAUCUGAAACACAGCACCCGGGAGCUCGUUGAUCUCUGCUUGAACGGUGGCCGUGAUGCCCAGCGCCGCCAGUGCACCCCGUACGAUGCCACAGGGAAACCACAGGAACUGCGAGACAAGAUCAGCGGACUUUGAUCUCCUGACCCUGCGUGAAGCGCGGCUACUCACCGGCUGUGCCCGCACGACGGCCUGGCCACCCGCCUCUGUGCUCAUCCUCGAGAAGGGCCUGAAGACAUUGUCCGUGAGGACGUACACACCCUGUGCCGCCACGUGUCAGCGAUGUCCGCGUUAUUGUACACAGAUGGGGCUAUGUAGGCUGUCUGACGUAACUACGCCUGCGAAGUGAGGAAUAAAGCGAAC